UUAUACUGGGCGAAGUAGAAAUUAUGUGAAAAUGCCGGGGCAGUAUAGCAACAAAGAACAAAACCCUAAACCUUCAUCAGUUCAUCUCCUCACUUUUCAGUCUAUAUAAAUUGCCGCUAAAACCCUGUUCUCUCCAUCUCUCUAUACGGCGUCUCCAGCUGCAGCUUGACCUAAAAGGAUUUUAAUUGGGUAAUUGAAAAUGUCAAAUCCAAAGGUUUUCUUUGAUAUUCUUAUUGGCAAGAUGAAAGCUGGUCGAAUUGUGAUGGAGCUUUUUGCGGAUGUCACCCCAAAAACUGCUGAAAAUUUCCGUGCCCUCUGUACUGGGGAGAAAGGGAUUGGAAGAUAUGGAAAGCCACUACACUACAAGGGCUCAACUUUCCACCGAAUCAUCCCAAGCUUCAUGUGCCAGGGUGGGGAUUUCACAAGAGGAAAUGGGACUGGAGGAGAAUCAAUCUAUGGCAUGAAGUUUGCGGAUGAGAACUUCAAGCUAAGGCAUACUGGACCUGGUAUUCUUUCAAUGGCAAAUGCUGGCCCAAACACUAAUGGUUCCCAAUUUUUUAUUUGCACUGAGAAGACAUCAUGGCUUGAUGGAAAGCAUGUUGUAUUUGGGAAAGUUGUUGAUGGCUACAGUGUGGUUAAGGACAUGGAGAAGCUAGGUUCAGAAAGUGGAAGGACUUCACAAACUGUUGUGAUUGAAGAUUGUGGUGAGAUAACGGAGAAUUGAUAAGAUGAUAUGGUGGGCUUCAAAAUAUAAAUUAAUAAGUGGCGAUUGAGGUUCUUGAAUUUGAAUAUGCCAACCGGGGGUUCAAGAUUUUAUUGUUCUAUUUACCAUGGAAAGCUACAUUGCUGAACAAUGUUUUCAGGAAGAACUUGUAAAGGGAAUAUUUCAUUUGCACAGGUGGUUUAGGUCAAAUUUCAGAAAAGUUUAUGAAUAUUUUGUCAUUCAUUUCAAACUGGUGUCUUGAGGUCAAUCUGUACUUUCUACGGAGUUAUUGAAGGGCAACAAUGCUUUAGGAAUAUAUGUGGGGAAAAAGAUUUGUGAUGAA